UAGGGGAGAGAAUCAAUCCCAUUGACUGUACUUAUGUAGUAUUUCAGUGUAAAGUUGAUAGCAAUAACUUUAAUUAUCAUCGGAAUAACAACUGAACCGCGUCGACACGAUGGCGGAGAUCGUUCAGCAGCGGAUUGAGGACAGGAUCCCGGAGCUCGAGCAGCUGGAGAGAGUGGGGCUGUUCACCAAGAAAGAAGUCAAAUCCAUAAUCAAGAAAUCGACGGCCCUGGAAUACAAGCUGCACAGGUUGAUCAUAAAUAAAGAGGACUUCAUUGCUUACAUACAGUAUGAAAUCAACAUUUUAGAGCUGGUCAAGAAGAGAAGAGUGCACAUUCACUACCACUUUAAACGACAAGACAUUGAGUUCCCCAUCAUCCACAGAAUAAACAGUGUCUUCAGAAGAGCAACAAACAAGUGGAAGGAUGAUGUGCAGCUGUGGCUCUCACAUGUGGCUUUCUGUAAGAAAUGGGCCACCAAAGGCCAGAUCAGCAAGGUGUUCUCAGCCAUGCUGGCAAUCCACCCAGACAAACCAGCCUUGUGGAUUAUAGCUGCCAAGAGUGAGCUGGAGGACAGAAAUUCUUCUGAAAGUGCCAGACACCUGUUUCUGAGAGCUCUCCGCUUCCACCCAAACAACAAGAAGGUGUACCAGGAGUAUUUCCGUAUGGAGCUGUUGCAUUGUGAGAAACUGAGGAAGCAGAAGAAGGAGCUGGAGCAAGCUGAGAUGGAUAUGGGCGAAUAUGAGUUUUCUCCAGAGAUCCUGAGUGGGAAACUGGCCGAGGUUGUGUACAGAGAUGCUACAGGGAAAAUCAACGAUGCAGAGUUUGUCAUCUCACUUCUGAAUAUCGCAGCUAUCUUUGACUUCACCAAAGAACUCCAGGACUCCAUUCUACAAGACUUACAAACUAACUACACAGAGGAGAGUGUGACGUGGGAUUUCAUGGCAAAGAGGGAGCUGGAGGCUCCCGGUGCAGGGGAGGAGUUGCAGAGCGCUAAAGGCCGGGCGUCCGAUAUUGAUCGAAGGGAGGAGCGUUGCUGCCAGGUCUACGAGGAAGGGGUCAAGAGCCUUCACACAGAGCCCAUGUGGACUUGCUAUGCAGCCUUCUGCUUGGAAAGGCUGAAAAGGAAGACCAAUGUCCAAGAACUGAAAGAAAAGAGGCAGGAGAGGUUGCUGGGAGUGCUGCAGCGUGCCCACAACUCCUCACUGCUGAAGGAGGAUUAUUAUAAGAAAUGGCUGCAGAUCCUGAUUUCAUCUGCAGACGUUGAGGGAGCGGCCAGCGUUGCCAUGGCAGUCCCGCAGCGCUACAACCAAUCGGUGUCUAUGUGGACCCUGAGCCUGCAGACGCUAAUGCAGCUGGGGAGCGGGGACGUGGGUAGACUGUUCCAGGACGCUUUCAAACACAUUAAUCCCAAGGAGAGUCUACCACUUUGGCAGCUUCUGGUCCAGUGGAGCGUGGCAAACCAGAGUCCUGAAGAAACAGAAGCUGUUUUCAAGAGAGGUCUGCUUUCUGCAGUAGUGGCUGUUGCCAUGGAGAUAAAAGAGAGCUACCUUGAUUGGUCGUACUCUACCGGAGGCUACAAGAAAGUUAGGAAGACCUUUACAAGCUUGCAGGAAAGCCGUCCCUUUUCCAAGGCCUUUUUCACCAGAAUGAUUCAGAUCGAGAAAGAACAAGAUACUCCAAAGAUGAACAAUCUGAGGGACUAUUAUGAGAGGGCCCUGCAAGAGUUUGGCACCUCUGAUGACGAUUUGUGGCUGCAGUACAUCCAGGAGGAGCUGGGAGCCCUCGGCCGGCCAGAGAACUGUGGCAAGAUCCACUGGAGAGCCAUGAAGUUUCUUGAGGGGGAGAGUGUGGAAAGAUUCAUUUCCAGAUACACUCUGCUUCAGACUGGACACUUGUAAGGUCUAAGUUGUGUAGAUCAAGGCCUGUAAGCUCGGAUAACAACAGCCAGUGUUCAACAGUCAGCUGAAGGAGCAGCAAGUUCUUCUUGGUCCAGUGAUCAUCCGUGAAUUGUUUCAAUGCCUUCAAGUGGAAACCAAGUAUUGUCAUUUCUGAAGUUUGCUGUCCUUCAGGAACAGGCCUGUGUAUUUUCAAUCAAAGGUUCCAGCAGUGUUGGCAGAAAUGUUCUUAAAUUUGAUUGAACAGCUGUGAUUCAACUUUCAUUUUUUAUAUACACAGCUGUUUGUGCUGCAUUUGAUAUCAGAGUAAUGUUGGAAACGUAGUUUUUUGAGUAGGUCCUGUUUAGAAGAAUUCCACAUUUAUUUGGCUUUGAUGCUGUUAUGAUGAUAUUAAAACAGUCUCUCAUUCCUGGGUCUUGUGGUCC